GGGAUGAGUGGUCCGGACGCUCGGCGACCGGAAGAGUGAGUCCAGGAGGGCUGGGUUGGGCGCAGCCAUGACAACCUGAUACCGGAAAAGGCGGGUCUCUUCUCCCUGACUGAUCGGCUCCUGAACUCGCCUGGAGAUGCAGGCAGCUCUGGAGGUCACUGCUCGAUACUGCAGCCGGGAGCUGGAUCAGUAUGGCCAAUGUGUGGCAGCCAAGCCAGAAUCGUGGCAUCGAGAUUGUCACUACCUUAAGAUGAGCAUUGCUCGCUGCACGUCCUCCCACCCUAUCAUCCGCCAGAUCCGACAGGCCUGUGCUGAACCUUUUGAAGCCUUUGAGGAGUGUCUUCGCUUGAAUGAGGCAGCAGUUGGCAACUGUGCCGAACACAUGCGGCGCUUCCUGCAGUGCGCUGAGCAGGUGCAGCCACAAAGUUCACCCACAACUGGAGAGGCACAGCCCCUGCCUGCCUCCUGAUAAGCCCUUGGACUUUGAGAAAACGGACAUGAGUGACUCUCCUACUUGAUGUCCUCGUCUAGAAGAGUGACAAGUUUUUUGGAGUCUUGAGGGCCCUGCUGUGGGUCUGGCUCUCCUGGACAUCAGGACGCUAAAUAAAUAAAGACUGAGUACUGGGCUUUGAUUCCAGCCUUCAGUAUUGGAAGGGGGAGAAGAGAGACGAAGGAAAGCUCGCUCAUCCAUCCUCCAGUUUUACUUGGUCUGCCAAGUAAGCACUCAGGAGGGGCCGGGGUGCUCUUGUUCUAGGCUUAGGAGUAAGAUGACUCAAACAACCAUCCUCUGUCCCUGCUGUCUGUACGUUGGAGACAGGCUUCCCUCCCACUCACUGUCAACCACAUUGUUUAAGUCUAGGCAGUCCUGACACUCAUUAUGUAGACCUAACUGGAUUCAAACUCAACAGCAGUCUCCUGAGUGCCAGGGUUCUAGGUCUGAACCACCGUGCCCAGCUUUCUUCCCUCCAGAACUACAGGUGGAGACAGCCAUGACCGCACACAUGUCAGUCAAAUGUGCCCUGCCUACCAUUUGUGCCCCCAGCCUACAUUCACUACACCUUCAUACAGUUUUCCAGAGACGUGGUGGAGGAGCAAUAAAUUGCACAUUUUUUCACUGCUGAAUUAGAACCAGAUGAGCAGUAGGCACAGGCUUUGGGCAGUGGACAUAAAAAAUACUGAUCUUAUUAUUGAAAACAACCAUGUAUAGACAGAAGCAAGAGGAGGUAUGAGGAUCAGAAGUUCAAGAUCAUCCUUUGCUACAUAGUUUUGAGGCUAGACUGGGCGACCUGAGGCCCCAUCUUGUUUUAAAUAAACUUUAAAAAUUGAAAA